GGUGAGCGUGUGGCUCCGCCCUCCCGUGGACGUCGAAAAGAACGUCAUGAGCUUCAUACAUAUAACUUAGCUUUAGCCAACAUUAGCUUCGCGCUUACGUGCUCUCUAAACAAGUGUGUCCCUCGCUAACCGAAAAUCCGCCGGCACUCACUUAGUUGACACUCGUUCCAAACAUGACUUUGAAAGCGAAACGCCCACGCGGAGACGGGCGGAGAGGGCACCUGACUGGCUAGCUUUCAAUCCCGUGCUAGCGGCCGAUGGACAACAGGCGCUAACGUUUCAAGAGCCGCUAAGCCUAUCACAACAAGCCCAGCUCCUUAAACGCAACCCGCCUCUGGAGCCACACAAACAAGGACUCGAAAGAGGCUCAACGUCUUUUAACAAGGCAGGCGCGGGUCUCCGCCAUGGGUGCCUUCCUGGACAAGCCCAAAAUGGAGAAGCACAACGCCCACGGCGAAGGCAACGGCAUCCGCUACGGGCUGAGCUCCAUGCAGGGCUGGCGAGUGGAGAUGGAGGACGCCCACACGGCGGCGCUGGGCCUGCCGGCGCCCGGCCUGACGGACUGGUCCUUUUUCGCCGUCUACGACGGCCACGCGGGCUCCAGGGUGGCCAACUACUGCGCCAAGCACCUUCUGGAGCACAUCAUGGGCGCCAGUUUCGGGGCCCCGGGGCAGCGGAGCUCGCCGGCCGGUUCGGAGAGCGCCGCCGAGGCCCCCGCGGCGGAAGGCGCCCCCACGGUGGAGGCGGUGAAAGCCGGCAUCCGGGCGGGCUUCCUGGGCAUCGACGAGCACAUGCGCGGCUUCUCGGACCUGCGCAACGGCAUGGACCGAAGCGGCUCCACGGCCGUGGGCGUCCUCCUGUCGCCCGAGCAUUUCUUUUUCAUGAACUGCGGCGACUCGCGCGCCGUCUUGUACCGCGACUCCCAAGUGUGCUUCUCCACGCACGACCACAAGCCUUGCAACCCGCGCGAGAGGGAGCGCAUCCAGAACGCCGGCGGAUCCGUCAUGAUCCAGAGGGUCAACGGCUCGCUGGCCGUCUCCCGGGCCCUGGGGGACUACGACUACAAGUGCGUGGUGGGCAGGGGCCCCACCGAGCAGCUGGUCAGCCCCGAGCCCGAGGUUUGCGAGAUGCUCCGGACCCCCGAGCGGGACCAGUUUGUCAUCCUGGCCUGCGACGGCAUCUGGGACGUCAUGUCCAACGAGGAGCUGUGCGAGUUUGUCAAAUCCAGGCUGGAGGUGUCGGACGACCUGGAGCGAAUCUGCAACGAGGUGGUGGACACCUGCCUGCACAAGGGGAGCCGGGAUAACAUGAGCGUCGUCCUCGUAUGUUUGCCCAACACCCCCGAGGUGUCCGAGGAAGCCGUGAGGAGGGACGGCGAGCUCAACCGCUACCUGGAGUCUCGCGUGGAAGCCAUGCUGUCGCGGGCGGCCGACGAGGGCUUUCCCGACCUGGCGACGGUGAUGAGGAACCUGUCCGCUGACGGCGGCAUGCCGGCGCUGCCGCCGGGGGGAGGCCUCGCCAGCAAACAAAGCGUUAUCGAAGCCGUCUACAACAGUCUAUGUCCCUACAGAGAAGAAGAAGGGGUCAGUAUCCGCCGCGCUAUCCGAGACUUUGUAGCGUCAUCAUUAUUUGACAAGUCAAAAUGAGAGCGCCGCAGGUGCGUGCGGGGACCGUUGGCGGUUUCCACUCGGAAGGGUCGCGCCCCCUUAGUGUGUGUCGUUUUGAAGUGAGUUGUUGUGCCGCCAUUGUUGUCACAUCAUCGUAAGCCGGAGCGCUAAUCCCCCCCCCCCCCCCCCCCCACACACACACACACACAUUUGCCUCAGCAUUCCACUCAAAUGCUUCCAAAUGUUUGGGUCCACAUUUUUUUGUUGCCCUUGUGCAAAGUUCUCACUUUUUGGUUGUGCGCCAUCACAAACGGCAGGACAAGCGAGUCCGUUUUUCUUCCCGCUUCUAAACGGUUGACAUGAAUCCCAGUGCGUCGUCUGACCAGAUGGGGUCACUUUUGUACUUGGUCGCCACCGCGUUAGGUACACCUGCUCCAUUUGUCAAUUCACACAUGCCGAGCGCCAACAUUUGGGCCUUCCUCGGUUAUCUACUUUGGAGGAGAAACUGUGUUCAGUGCGUGCACACACACACACACAAAGGCACAGAGGCACUGUGUCCAGUUCCAAUUGAAUUCAUUCCUCUCAUCAAUCAAUUUCUCUGUCCGUUCCAAAUGAGCCGCGUCUGACAUGCCCAAGUUGAUAUUGACGGAACGCAAUGAAACCACCCGCAUGCGGACAUGUCAGACUUGUAUGAAAAUAACUUCACGUGUGUCAACAGUGUGCACUGGCAACACCCGCACAAAAGGGAAAUAAAGGAUACAAAUAUUGGAA